UACCGGUCAAUCUGCGUGUUUUUACCUUUCUUACUUUGCCAAAUCAAACGAACUAUUCUAGACCCGGUCUAGUAUAGUUUGACCGGUCAGGUAAUUUACACCAUCAUUUUUGGCGCCACCCGUGGGACCGUUAAGGUUUCUUCUUCUAAACACAAACCUACCCACCAAAACACCACUCGAAAUGUCUUCCAGCCAACAAAUCAACGCUACUUCCGCUCAGGUGCAGGCCACCAACGAGGGAGCCAGCAUCCCUGUGGCUGCUACCAUACCGGUCAUUUCAGCCCCGGUGUUGCCUCUAGGUCUGAGCUCUGUCCCGACGGCCAGCGUGAUCAGUCCCUUCGUGACCCCUGUCCCUUCCGCUGGACCAAGGGUAACGUUCCCACCAAGCAUGACUCAAAUCAUGAAUGACCCAGCCAACCUACAAGCCAUCCAGGGCUUUGGCCAGGUCAUGGCCAUGUGCCAGCAGAACGGGGGGAUGCCUUUCCUCCCUGGUAUGUUCCCAUUCGCCCUUCCAGGCGCGGGGACCAUGCCUCUACAAGCUCCGAUGGCGGUGACGUCGUCCCAGACGCCGAUGCCGCAACCAUCACCUUUCCAGCCCCAGCUGGUCAGCACCAUGGCCCCGGUCAACUUGGCUGGUGCACUUAACGCUGCAGGGCCGUCGCGUCCCCCGCAAGCUACGGAUCCGCAGGUCACUCCUGAUGGUCAUUGCGUCUCGAUUGAGAGCGAUGACGGCGAGUGGGACAUCCCGAGGGCCCACAAGAAGAAGAAAGGAAAAAACAUCCGGCCAGCGACCUCUCGAAACUCCGCCUUCGAAAGGCUGGGGGAUAGGAAGGAAGGCCAGAGGAAGUCAGCCAAGCAGAGGCUGGGGCAGAGUGUUGCCCAUGUCAGCGCAUUCGCCCGGCUAGGCGAGGUGCGGGAGGCCGAGCCUGCCCGCACCCGGCGCUCCUGGUCUAACCGGCAGGAGCCAGCGAGGACGAGGGCCUCCCACCAGGAAGGGGAGGCAGAAAGCCAGCCCAGGUUACCGGUGGCGAACCGGUUAACCAUCCCAAACGACCGCGUCCAGCAUAUGGAGGCAAAGCUGGAAAGGCUGGAAAAGAAGGUCGGGGAGAAGAAUGACCGGGACAAACCCCUGGCAGGGUCCCCGUUCACCACAAGGGUCCAUCUGACACCUUUCCCGCGAAAGGUCAAGAUCGACGCCCCCAGAUUCACCGGGAAGGAAGAUCCGGAAAUCCACCUGGACUCCUUCAACCAGAGUGCGACCAUGA